AUGUCAGAAUCGUCAACCGCCUCCCCUCGGCAAGAGGAUUCACCGCCUGUGUCUCUUUCGUCUCUCGGGGCUCGGAAUCCCCCAGUUCAUCGCCCUGCCGCCAACCAAGACCAGGGCCACCUUGAGGUCCACCCAAAGCGAAGACGCCUCAACACGACACACUUUGCUCAGCGUAAACGCGCCGCCGAGGCAUGUCAAUUCUGCCGAGUGAGAAAGACAAAAUGCGAUAGCGCUCGCCCGCGCUGCGGUUUCUGUGUUCGCAACAAUGCCACGUGCAUCUACAAAGAUGUUCAGCAGACGAUUGAGCCGGCAUCCGGGCAAGUGCAACACGACGCUGCUUCGAACGGAGAAGUCAUAGCCCGUCUGGAAGAGAUUAAAGAGAUCCUACUCAGGGACUCCCAUAAGAGCUAUAUCGCCUUGCCGCCCAUCAUAGCAACGGAAGGGCGGGACUCUCCUGCGACGGCAAACAUUUUCCCUCCUACGACUCCGAAUCCUUGGGCAAGGUUCUCCCACAUCGCCAACAAUAAUUCAUCAAAAGGGCGCCGAUUUCCAUAUGCAGCAUUGCGAUGCGAGGGUCUUCUCAAGUGGCCUUGUCUAGCCAACGUCAUCCCCCAAUCCGCCGCGAAUAUCGACUCCUUUCUGUUCAGCCCGGAGUAUAGAGAGGUCCGGAAGAUCCAAGGAACAACAGAUGGGAGGGGUAUGAACGAGCAUGCCUUGGUCCCCCUCUGUGAGAAGUUUCUCGUUACAGCACAUCCUCGUAACCCAAUUCUUGAUGAUCAAGAAUUAUUACGUGACGCCCGCCGAGCCACCGGACACGGCCUUGAUUGGGACUCUUCGACCUGCCUGGUGCUGCUAGCCUGUGCUCUGGGCUCUUACGCUACCCCUUGGAUCAAACCAAGGGAGCAGCUACGCCCGUUUGAUGAGGCCCAGCUACAAGCCCUAACAGAGGCCGAAGACCAAGCUGAGGCAGAGGCCUAUUAUGUGGCUGCACAGAAACGGCUCGGGCUACUUGGAAACUCGAUCCAGGAUAUCCAAUGCUUUUUCCUUGCUGGCAUGUUCGAAAAGACAGCUUUGCGUCCACUGAGGGCAUGGCAUCACAUUCAACAAGCCUGUAGUCGCCUUGUGACUCGAUUGCUACAACGAGGCGAACGGCCCUUGGCCCCGUUUAAUGACUUGAAUCCCGAAAACCACCACUUGGAACAACGGCUUUUCUGGUCUUGCCUCCGGGCUGAAAGUGAACUUGUGUUUGAACUUGGCGAAACACCAGGGAGCUUGGAAAAUUUCUCUUAUCCUGAUGCCUUCCCUUCGCCACCUGACAAUCUCUUCGAUGACGCUUCACCCAACACUGACGGCUCGACUCCUAGCUCCCUCGAUAAGCAAAGGCGAAUCAACGAACAAGGUUGGUAUUACUACCUUGCCGAGAUCUCGGUCCGGCGGACGGUAGACGAGACUUUGAAUCUCCUUUAUAGCCAAGGUCCGGAGUACUGGAUGGAGAACCCUGCCUAUUUGAUCCGUCAGUACUACGAAUGUGAUGGCCAAGUAUCCUCGUGGUAA